AUGGAAGUUGAAGUUGAGUACGAUUACACUGCUGAAGAAAGGGACGAGCUUACUCUUAAACGGGGAGAUAUAGUCACGAACGUUUCUCCAUUUGAAGAAGGAUGGUUUAUCGGAACUUUUAACGGAAGAGAGGGCGUUUUUCCGGAUAAUUUUGUCAGAAAUGACAGGUCGAGGUCUACCCCUGUCCCUAAUCCGUCUUCUGCCGUUCAUAGGGAUGGAAAAGAUCAGGUUGUGAAAAAUGACAAAAACCAGCCUGUUUCUCCAACUCCUACAACUCCAACCAUUUCAAUAAGCACCAAGGCGUCUGACUAUGUGAAGGUAGGCUACGCCUAUACUCCAGAACAGCCGGAUGAAUUGGAAUUGGAAGUGAAGGAUUUCAUUCAGGUGUUGAGUCGGGAUCUACCCGAGGAGGGUUGGUGGCGUGGAGUUAACCUUCGCACCAACAAAACGGGUGUUUUUCCCGACAAUUUUGUCAAAAUGGCUGAUGCUAACGAUCCCGACUUUAAACGUGUUAUUGCUGACCUAAAGGCAAAAGCUGUUGGUUCGCCAUCGUCUCAACGAGCUCAGAAUGGUCUUUCAUCUACACCUAAAACUAAUCAAAAUAAUCCAACAAGUCCUCAUGGAAGUAGACGUUAUGAUUCGGGUGGAGGCAGAAAUGAGCAUGGAGAUAAAAAGAGCGGAAAAGUUACUAAUUUAACGGCGUAA